GGAUAGCCUAGCCUAGCUAGAGUGAUGGUGUAAGAAGGAGCAGCAGCAGCAUUGCAGGCAGGCAGCCCGGACAGGACAGGACCGGAACGGGACGAGAGCACCGGCCCCACACUCCAUUCCACUGUUUCCUUAGCGUUGUUUGUUGUUUAUUGUAUGGUUUUUGGAGGCCCGGUGUGUUGCCAUGUUGUUGUUGCGUAGCGGGGGCAGAGAUCAGUGCGGGGGCGCGAGAGAGAGUCGAGGGACACAGUUACUUGCGCCAUAUAUGUUGCUCCUUCCCUUUGCGCACGCGCACAUUGGCAGGUGAGGAGGGUGAGGGGGUUGGUCCAGCUUCGAUCGGGGCAGGAGAGGUGGUGGUGUUGCAAGGUGUUGUAUAAGUGCGUGUGUUUGUGUGUGAGAGAGAGAGAGAGCGCGCGAGAGGUUGAGGUGAGAGAGGAAAUAUCUAGUCUGAUGACUAGUGAUGACCUAGGGGUUUGAAUUACUCUUGAGAAAGGAUCAACCGUGGUGGUGGGAUACUGGCAACAGUGCAGCAGCUUUGACGUGUGUCUGACAAGCUGGGAGCUUGCAUCAGAGCAGGCUAGCACCUUUUGAAGACGAUGUCGGAGAGCUCAGAGAUUCUGGUCCACUUUCGGUUUUGGAAAGCUCUGGUCGGCUUAAUCUCGUCGUUUCCAUAGUUCGUAAUGAUUCGAGAUGACCACAAAUAGUGGAGGGGUUCACAAAGUCUGCGCAUGAAGGGUAGACUGGGUCAUCACCUCCGUUAGACAUACAGCGAACGAUAGCUGCAAGUGGUGGUAAAAUACUUCAGCAUCAUCAGAAGAAAAAGGCUCUCACGUUCUCGGCAAUUCGUUAGAAUAUCAUCAAAAGUCAAUUGUAGUUUCAAAAUUAUCAUCUUCUUGUGGAGAACAAAUGCAGGACGCUAAAGCAGAGACGAGAUUAGGAGACUUUCCAGUGUGGUGCUGCAACGAGAAGGAAAGAAGACGCCGCUAGGGAUAUGAGUUUAUUAACUUUCUUAAGUGAGGAUCAGGAGUCCGUGAGGGCGGACAACAAACUUUUAUCUUCUCAUUCACCAAUUACAUGAGCGAACAACGAUCACAUUCUAAUAUGUAAUUGUGGAAUAUGAGUACGUGUUUCUCAUACAAACUUCUGAUAUCUGCUCAACCAGUUGCUGCGGGUGUUCACAAUUCUUCCCCAAACUGUAGUCCCAGCUUAAGGACCUCCCCAACAAUUCCCCCUGAGUUCCGGACCGCAGACUGCCUGAGCAGGUGUGGCCACGGAGACUUCCUGUCGGCUUGCGUAGGAAAAGAGAGCAUUUACUGGACUGGCUCCAAUGCAUUCGAGAAUGAAUGAUUCCGCGCUGUGUGGUGAAGUGCGAUUAAUGCCUAUGCAGUGGGCACACUAAUGCAACGGACUAGCAAGUCCUCUCUUGGUGCAAUAAGCUAGCCCUUUCUGGUGGCUAGCAGCAUUCUUGUUCGCUCCUUUUGUUUCCAGCUGAAAUUUUAAAUAUAGUGCAGAAGCCAGCCCCAUCAGACCUGUAGAAUCGGUUUUUGAUGUCUGGAUAAGAAUCUCGACCGGAAAGAUCGUAAAUAAUUUAUGAUUCAAGAAGCCAAUCCCCAGAUGAUGAAGAGGAUACUUCGUAGCAGUUGAUUCUAACUCAGACAGGUGGGUAACGAAGUCAUCAAGUUUGGUGCUCCUGCAUUAAGAAGUUGUGCAUAUACAGUGGAAACCAUUUCCACUGUAAGCCUGUGCUUGGUCUAAAUGCUGCAAUCUGAAAGUGUCGACUAUAGAGGUGGGGUAGCCGCAACUUUCGUCCUUUAAUGAACGAUUCUACAAGCAGUUUGCCGGACAUCUUUGGGUGACGUCGGCAUUAAGAGCUGAAUUUAGUUGGACCUGUAUUAAGUAAAGGUUCAUUGUCUCAUACUGGAACAACCCAGUCGCAUGUAAGGUCUCUUAGAGUCGGACAUCCCCUGGAUUCCUCCGGCACCAAGGCAGCAUCUGCAUCAAGCGUCGCCUGGAAGCGACAAAAGGCCUGGACUUGGCGUGUUCUCUCUCCUCUGUCACUCAAACUUGUCAAUCAGCUGUCUCUUGCUUUCAAGAAGGCACCUGUAUUUUAUUCUCCCAGUGCGGUGUAUGAAAUGAACUCUUCUACACACACCAACGAGCAGCAAGGGGACCUCAGCUGGUCAACAGAGAAUUGGGACAACCCAGGCGCAGUUAGCACUUUUGAUCAGGCCUCGCGCCCGUACAAUAGUGCUAACCGCCAGGAGUGGGAGUGGGAUCCAAUGAUUCUUGCACAACACCCUGGGAGUGGAGGGUCAGCUGAUGACGGCAGUCAUGACGGAGAUUGCUUGAAAAACCAUAUAUCUGGAGGCACAAUGUCUAGCUUCCGAACUACGUACAAUAUGAACAUGCUGUCCGCCGGCCUACCAUCCAACUUUACACAGAACCCCAUGGGUAUUUUCAGCUCUGCAGGGAUCCGACACUAUGGAUCUUUAGACGGACCUGGUCAGCUUUCGACAUCAAACAUCCAUAGUGCCCUAGGACCAUCUGGUAUUCCGGGCUUAGCAGCGACGAGUGGCUCAAGCCUUGACAAUGAUAUACGCAGUUAUGAUCAACGUCGACGGGAGUUUAUUGCAGCUGGAAUGCACAAUCAUCAUGUCAAAAGAGAAGAGGUCAACGAUGGGCAUGCCCGUAUCGGGCUCAACCUCGGCGUGCGAACGUACUUCUCCACCGAAGACACCACUACUAAUCGGCUGGUAAAGCGACAUCGCGCCGGAUCACCUGGACCUCAUAUCCCUUUGUGUCAAGCAGAAGGUUGCAAAUCCGACCUCAGCACAGCUAAACAGUACCAUCGUCGCCACAAAGUUUGUGAGCUUCACUCAAAAGCGCCGAAUGUUGUAGCUGGCGGCCAAACUCAAAGGUUUUGCCAACAAUGCAGCAGAUUCCACUCGCUUGGAGAAUUCGAUGAUGGUAAACGAAGUUGCAGAAAGCGCCUCGCUGACCACAACAGGCGGCGGAGAAAGCCACAACCGUAUGCAUCUGCGCCUGGAGGAACAUCGGCUGAAUGUAUUGGAAUCAAGAACGGAGAAGACAAUCUCUCAGGUAGCAACCAUGCCAAUGAUUCAAAAUCGUUGAUUAUACCUUUAAAGAGUAGAAGUUCACCGAGCUCAGUGUCAUUAGAAGACUCUGAUGAAAAGCCAGGCUCUGCUGGUAAUAACUUGCACUUGCGAUCUUCUAGUCAAGGAUAUGGAAGAGCACCUUGUGACGACCAGCAUUCGUCCCAUUCUGAAAUGCAGAUGACCUCUCAAGCUAUGACGGGUUCAGAUUCCUUGCUCUCUGCUAUGUCAUCAGUCCCCCUCAUGCUCCAAAAUGCCAAGCGGCAGAUGACAAUGAUAGGAGGCACGGGUAAUCACGGUCAUGACCAUUCCAUCUAUCAGCAACAUUUGCACGUACAGACCGGCAGCAGCACUGGGAAGACCGGUCCAAAUCUCUCUCUCUCAUCCCUCGGAGGUCAGUUGGGUCUGAGCCAUCAAGGUGGAGGACGGAGCCAGACAAUUCCUGGUCAGAUUUAUAACGGAUUGGAGUCUCCGGUUUCUUGGUUGAGGCCCCUAAAUCCAAGGUCGGAUUUGACCCACGUGGUUGGAAGGCAAAGUGCGAUGAAUCUUCAGCACCUCAUGUCCAAUGAUUCAAAGUCUGGUAUUACUUCAGCUUCAGCAAAUUCCUCCAACACCCAGGAGCAUGAUGUUCAGGCUUUCUCUCCAUCCAGCCAAAAUUUGAUACCUCGUGAUAUAGCCAGUCCCGAGUGGAUGCUUGGAAGUAUGGCAGGACAGGCCCCUCGAACUGGGUCUAACCCUUAUGGAACAUCCGCAUUGAACAAUUUAUCUGGGAACGGUCAGCUAGAGUCUGGACAUCAAAUUAUGUCGUUAAUUGAUCAGCCCAAUCAAGGUUGUGGACAUCCUGGCAAUGGUGGAUGCAACCAAACUGUACAAGGCAGCCACACGCCAAUGGAAUUCAUGCAGCAGCAUAACACAGUUACAGAAGCUGACUCAGGAGGCGACAACACUAGUCGUGGGGGAGGCAGCACAGUGGAUAGCCCCGAUAUGAAAUAUCCUGAGCUUCAGGCAUUGAGACCAUACGCCAGUGGCCCAUCAUCCAUCUUUAACUCGCGUCACACUCUUUUAUCAGGAAAUUUCUCUUAUGAGACCAUGGCGUGACUGCUGACCCUCCCACGCAAGUGACCCAUCUGCGAUUAAAAGGGACUUGCAACAGUUUUGCAAAUGAUGUACUCUUGCUCCCAGUCGUAGGGGACAGCGAACCUCAGUCCUCGCUGUUUCCAUCUGGAACAAAAAGCAUGUACACAUUAUUUAGGGGUAGGAAUUUUGUUACCGUCUUACCCCUAUGCUAGCUUGCUGUCUUGAGAGUGCAAAGUUGGUUCUAGAUAUAGACGACUCUUAAGAACCAUCAGUUUUUGCUUCUUUUAUUUAUGUUGGAGGGGUUAUGGAGCGGAGGCUAUCGUUGGUGUCGACGAUUGCUCGUGAACCUUCGAACAAGCUGUUCGUAGUGGCCUCUUUUACCUCGAAUCUAUUAUCAAAACCUUGAUUUAUUUAAUGAGCAAACCUGUUGGUGCUGUUUCUGUUCUACUA